CGUACAACAGCGCAGACUGACGGGCCAAGCCCUAACCCUCUUAGUCGACCAGCUACCCGGAGAGUCCGAGGCAAGGAUUACAAAUGCGACCGCGUGCAACAAGCCUUCUGGAUUUCCCCGGCUUUUCCCCAGAGUCAUCCCAACCGUGCGGGGUCAACUGCCGAUCGGCCUUCUUCGUUGGCCUGGUGGCCAUUCGGAAUAUCCGACAUCUUGGCACUUUGCUUAACAGCUCUCUUAUAUCCUGCGGAUGACCCGCACCCGCACAUAUCUUGCCCCCCUGCUUCUCCCUCUUUCUCCACUCUACUGCGCUACAUCUCACCAUGGACGAGGACAAGGGCACAUCCAACCACAUCGACUACGCCGAUGGACAUGGGCUGGAAGAUGGCUACGAUGCCAAAACAGCCGAACCGGCCCCGGAUCCGCACGAUCCCAAGAAUUGGCCUCUAGUGACGAAAGUCACGACCUACAUGACCAUCUGCUGCUUCACCUUCCUGGCCAACGUCAACAGCAGCAACUUCACCGUCGCCACCAAAGCCAUCAUCGCCGAGUUCCACGUCUCCUCCACGGACGCAGGCCACCUCGUGUCACUGAAUGUCUUCUUCUUCGGCCUGGGCAACCUCGCAUGGGUCCCGCUCAUGCGGGUCUUUGGCAAGCGACCCGUCUACCUGGCCGCCCUGCUCGGCCUCUCGAUGAUGAACGUCUGGUCCGCGAAAGCCACGGGAUACUCGGAGUUGCUGGGCGCUCGGAUCAUGUCCGGGCUCGCUGCUGCCGCCGCCGACGCGACUGUUCCCGCGGUGGUGGGCGAUAUGGUUCGUCCGGAGGGUCGGGGUCACUGGUUGAUGAUCUUCCAUCUGGCGCUGACGUCGGGGUUGUUCGUGGGGCCGUUGAUCAAUGCCUAUAUCGUGCAGGACGCGGGCUGGCGCUGGAUGUGUUGGUUCCUGGCCAUUGCUUCCGGUGUUGUCUGGGCGGUCGGUCUCUUCACCAUCCGCGAGACCACAUAUCUGCCUGCUCGACAUGACGCUUCACAAGACAAGACCCCCUCGGUCUGGAGCAUGCUCUCUUUGAAGCAGGGAUACAAUCCCGAUGCCUCGUUCCUGCGCACGGUAAAAGCUAUCUUAUCCGCUGCAGCUUAUCCUCAGCUCCUCUGGUGUGCCUUUACCAUUGGUGUCUCAGUCGGAUGGAACAUCGUGGUGCAACUCACCGCCUCUCGCACCUUCACCUCCGCCCCCUACAACUGGCCCGCCGGCGACAUCGGCCUCCUCUCGCUGGCCGGGUUCAUCGGAUCCCUUCUCGCCUUCUAUGUCGGCGGCCGCCUCAUCGACCAGAUCUCGACGCGAUACACCCGACGCCGCGGCGGCGACCGACAACCGGAGUACCGUCUUCCGGCCUUGGUGGUGCCCGGGGUAAUCGGACCGGGGGGCAUUCUGAUAUUCGGACUGUGCAUUGCCCACCAGACGCACUGGAUGGGCGUGGCGGUGGGAUACGCGAUGCAGGCGUUCGGGGUGGCGGCCAUCUCGAAUGUGGCGGUGACAUAUGCGUUGGAUUGUUAUCAACGGAUCGCCGGCGAAGCUUUGGUGAUCAUCUUCGUCAUCCGCAACACGAUCGGCAUGCUGCUUUCGCUGUACGCGAGCGACUGGAUCGCGCGCCAGGGUGUGGCGGUCGUGUUCGGCGAGAUGACGGCGAUCCAGGCCGCUAGUUUACUCUUGGCGGUGCUGUUGUUCUUCGGGGGCCAGAGGUUGCGCGCGUGGACGGGGCAGUAUGGACCUAAUCGGGGGAGUUGAGAUUGAGGUGUCGGUCGGUGGGUUUACGAGUAGUUAUUUAGUAUGGGGUGUGUAUAUAUGUUUGUGGUUGUGGUUGUGGUGGUUUGAUGGGGUUCUACGGUUGGUUGGUGGUCGUGUUGUUGUUCUUGUCUAACUUAGGCUGUAGAAUCUGGUCAGGAGUUUACUUCACCUCUGUUGUGUUGAGUUGUUGCUGCUAUUUCUUGUGAACCCCGCUGCGCAUUGCGAACCAGUAAGAAACGACCUUGACCAAUGAUUGCCAUGCCAUUCC